GUUGGUUGUUGUGAGAAAGCAGACAGCAACCAUGGCCCCUAAGAGAAAUAACAUUAUCCCUAAUGGACAUUUCCACAAAGACUGGCAGAGCCGGGUGCGAACCUGGUUUAACCAGCCUAUGAGAAAGAAGAGGCGUGCAGUCAACAGAGCAAAGAAAGCCCGAACCAUUGCCCCACGCCCUAUGGCUGGUCCUCUGCGCCCAGUGGUUCGCUGCCCGACCGCCAAAUACAAUGCUAAGGUGCGAUCUGGCCGUGGAUUCACCCUCGAGGAACUCAAGGCCGCUGGUGUGUUCAAGAAGCAGGCUUUGACUAUCGGCAUUGCUGUGGACUACCGCCGUAGGAAUCGCUCUAUGGAGUCCCUUCAGCAGAAUGUACAGAGGCUUAAGGAGUACAAAUCUAAACUCAUCCUCUUCCCCAAGAAACAGAGCAAGCCAGCCAAGGGUGAUGCCACUAGUGAAGAGGUUAAGAUGGCUGUUCAGCUUAGCGGCCCAGUGAUGCCAAUCCGCACUGUUGUUCGACGUGAGAAGGCUGUAGCCGUCACUGACGACAUGAAGAGGUUUGACCCCUACUUCUCCCUGAGACAGGCACGGGCUAACAAGAGAUUGCAAGGUUACAGAGAGAAGAAGGCCAGAGAAAAGGCAAACGAAGAUAUCCCUUCAGCCAAGGGGAAGAAGUAAUGUUGUUCCUUGUACAGCCAGAAAUAAAGAGAAAAAUACCACA